AAAAUCGGCAAUAGGAAUCAGUCGUCUACUCUAGCCGUUUACAUCUCUGCGAGAAAUCGGAUCGGCAGACCGCUCCCAAAAUCGAUCUAUCAAUCAUCGCUGCACCUCCUAUUCUGCAAUCUUCCGCAACUUUUUUCUGUUACGGUGCUCUUGUUGGUUGCGUUUAGGUGUUUGAUUGGAGCAAUUAUUGGCGUUCUUAUUGGAGGUUGUGUAAGAUUUCUGCGAAGCUGAUAUUGAGAAGUAUAUAAAUUUUGUUUAUUUUCUGCUAAUGGAUAUGUGCAGAUACUUGUGCUCCUCUCAAUUGUUUCUUUGGCUUCUGAAAUUAUAGAAAUUUUACGAGUGUAGGAAAUAUGUGAUGUUGCAUUCUUAUUGUGCCUUUUAAUUAAGAUUUUUAAAAUGCUGUAUGUAUUCUGAAAGAAAUUUGUGUAUGUGUUCAUGUAUUUACCAGAUAUAUAUAUAUAUAUAUAUAUCCAGAAAGGGGAAAAAAAAAAAAAAAGAAAAAGAAAAAAAUAUUGUGCAAAGAAGUGGAUGAAGUAAAGCUAAUUCAUUUUGUUUGAAUGCUAAAGUUAUUUGGGUCAUAGUGCUGUAGGAAGCAAUUCUAUUGGGUUUUCUUUCACUUUGUUAUUGUUAUGGCAACUAUCCUUCUAUUGUUCUUUUCCAUUUUGUGUCCUUAACUUUUUGCAAAUUGAAAGAUGGAAACCUGCCAUGAAAAUACAUUAUACAUACCAGGCUAUGACUGUGGUUGUAGUUAUUUCUGUUGUGUUCAUGUACUUUGUCUUGAACUAUAUAUAUUAGAUAAGUAGGCUCAUUUACGAUUAGACUAUAUUUGAUAAAUGGGUCGUGAACAAAGAUAGGCCAAGAUAAAUGUUUGAGUUUACUUUUGCCAAAUUUCAUACUGUUUGAACCCUUCUGUAUUUCUCUCGUUUCAUUUCAUGUUCAGGAGGCUUGCGAUUGUGGAAAUCUUAGUAGGAAUCGGUUCAGACUAGAAGGUUUUAGAAAUUGCAGCCUUUGAUUUACGUUUCUAUAGAUCCAGCAACGGUUCCUCUGACUUAUUUUCUGGAAGAAAGGUGGUAUUCCAUCUGUAAAUAGCUGUUUAACCGAGGACUAACAUUGAGAAAUGGAAUUGAAUUCCAUCAAGGAUGCUUUUGAUCGCGUCACAAAGAAGCAAAAGCUUUCAUCCUCAAAAUCUCAAGAAAUAAUUGCACAAGUUUGUCAAGAAAUUGAGCAAGCUAUAUCAAGAAUACAAUCCGGACAAGAAUCUGCAUCUCCCUCUGAUCAUAAACCGAUACUCAACGAACUGAAAGCCAAGCUGAAAGGCGUUGCACCACUCAGCCAAAUGGAAGACACACAAAAGGAUCUGAAUAUUUCCCUGAGCAAAUACUCGAAGCUUCUCGAGAAAUCUUUCAUCCCCGACAUUUCCAAGGCUUAUCGCAAUGUCGACUUUGAUAUCCACAGUAUUAACCAAAUAAUUGCCUGCCAUUUCUACCGGGAGGGCCUCUUCGAUCUUGGUGACAGUUUUGCAGAUGAAUGCAGAGAACCAGAGGCAAAAGAAAAGAAAACCCCUUUUCUCGAAAUGUUCCAUAUCCUCGAAGCCAUAAAAUGUCGAAAACUUGAGCCUGCUCUAACUUGGGCCAUGAAGAAUCACGACGAGCUGACACAGACUGGAUCCAAUAUCGAAUUAAAGCUCCAUCGCCUUCAGUUUGUGGAAAUAUUGCAAAACGGAACCAGAGGCGAAGCUCUAAAGUAUGCUCGAACCUUUCUGGCUCCUUUUGGCGCCAAACAUCUGGCCGAAGUCCAAAAGCUUAUGGGCUGUCUUUUAUGGGCCGGACGGCUCGAUUCCUCGCCAUAUUCAGAAUUACUCUCCUCUGUUCAUUGGGACAAACUCUCGGAAGAACUUACCCGGGAUUUCUGCAAUCUUCUUGGGCAAUCCUAUGAAAGUCCAUUGAGUGUAACAAUUGCUGCUGGAGUUCAAGGUCUGCCGACACUCUUGAAGCUGAUGAAUGUGAUGUCGGGGAAAAAGCAGGAAUGGCAGUCCAUGAAACAAUUACCUGUGCCAAUCGAUUUGGAUAAGGAGUUUCAGUUUCAUUCGAUAUUUGUGUGUCCGGUCAGCCGGGAUCAAGCGAGCGAAGAGAACCCUCCGAUGCUAUUGACUUGCGGACAUGUUUUGUGCAAACAAUCUAUUGCAAAGUUGUCGAAGAACAACAGCACGCGGCCGUUCAAGUGCCCCUAUUGCCCGUCGGAAGUCGAAGCAGGUCAGUGUAAGCAGUUGUAUUUCUAAUAAUACUGAUGUUUUUAUUCAUUUCUCCAAUUAAUAGCAGAUGAACAUUGUUUGCAAUUUAUAGCAGCAGCCGUUGUUCAAAUGGUAUGUGUUGUUUAGUUGAUAAGUAGCAUUAUUUUGGAUUCGACUUUGAUGACAAUGUUUGGAUUGGUGUGUGUGUGUGUAUAUAUAUAUGUUUGUAUAUUCUUUGCA